CCCCUCCCUCCAACCGUCGGACCCCAAGCCGCCCAGCUCCCGAAUCUCCGCCCAAUGGAGGACCCGCCCCCGCCUCCGCCUCCUCCGCCGGAGCCCGAGCCCGCGGCCGCCUCCCCGCGGCGCGACGCGGAGCCGUCUCCUCCCCUUCAGCCGCCGCCGCGGCGGAGGCUGCUGCGGCUGCGCUGCGCGGUGCAGCACUACGAGUGGGGCCGGCGCGGGGACGCCUCCCUCGUCGCGCGCCUCGCCGCCCGGGACCCCGACCCUUCGCGCCCCUACGCCGAGCUCUGGAUGGGCACGCACCCCUCGGGCCCCUCCACGCUCCUCGACGGCGGCGAGCUCCUCGGGGACUGGCUCGCGCGGAACCCCGACGCGCUCGGCCCCGCCGUCGCCGCGCGGUGGGGCGGCGACCUCCCAUUCCUCUUCAAGGUGCUGUCGGUGGCCAAGGCGCUCUCGAUCCAGGCGCACCCGGACAAGAAGCUCGCCGAGGUGCUGCACGCGCUGCGGCCUUCCACCUACAAGGACGACAACCACAAGCCGGAGAUGGCCAUCGCCAUCACCGAGUUCCGGGCGCUUUGCGGCUUUGCGACCAUUGAGGAGCUCAAGGAUAUCCUGAGGACUGUACCUGAAGUUGAAGGGCUAGUUGGGCAUGAAGAUGCUGGCAAGCUUAUGACUAUGAAGGAGUAUGAUGGGGGCAGUGAAGUAAAAUCCACUUUGCAAUCAGCUUUCGCUAAGCUAAUGACAGCAAGUAAAGACAUGGUUUCUGAAGCAAUUUCAAAACUGAUCAGUCGCCUGAAUAUUGAGAGCAAGAUUAGAACCUUAACAGAUAAAGAACAGCUGGUUUUAUCCCUGGAGAGACAAUAUCAAGAGGAUGUUGGUGUUCUAGCAGCGCUUUUCUUUAAUUAUGUCAAACUUAGUCCUGGUGAAGCACUUUAUAUUGGCGCAAAUGAACCGCAUGCAUACCUCUCUGGGGAAUGCAUUGAAUGUAUGGCCACUUCAGACAAUGUUGUCCGUGCUGGUUUGACUCCUAAAUACAGAGAUGUGCAAACUCUCUGCUCAAUGCUAACUUACAGACAGGCCUUCCCAGAAAUCUUGCGAGGUGUUCCUGUGCAGCCACACGUAAGGCGCUACACCCCACCAUUUGAUGAGUUUGAGGUCGAUUCCUGCUUGGUACCUCCAGGUAAACUGGUUGUCAUAUCCCCGGUGCCAAGCCCAUCUAUCUUUCUCGUCAUGACCGGGGAAGGUGAGCUCCAGGCUGAUUCUCUGUCUGAUGGGGAAAAGGCAAAGGAAGGUGAUGUUUUCUUCGUCCCUGCAUACACUGAGGUUAAGCUCUCUGCCUCUGGCCCUGAGUCCAUGAAGCUGUACAGGGCUGGGGUUAACAGCAGAUCCUUCAACUAACUGAUGCGUCGAUCUUUGGUCGCCUAGGGAAGGAGAGUUUAGGGGUGUCGUAAGUGGACCACACUGUAAUUGUAGGGAAGAGUCCCCAGCUACAAAAUAUACGUGAAAUGAAAUGAUUAGUUAGCAAAAGGUUUCAUAUACUAAUGUAUAGGGCUACAGGCCGAUGAAAGAAUAAACUGGUUCCUUUCAUAUCUUGAUUGACAACUUAGUGUAAAAAUGUCUUAGUGCACUCCACAUUGAUGCACUAGAAAGGAAUAAAAUGAUGAUUAGUGUCAA